AUGUCGCGCGUCUACAUCGGUCAUCUUCCCGCUCGCUGUAGUGAACGUGAUAUCGAGCGUUUCUUCAAAGGCUAUGGGAGAUUGCGAGAUGUUGUCUUAAAAAAUGGAUAUGGUUUCGUUGAAUUUGAUAACGAAAAGGAUGCGGAUGAUGCCGUGUACGAUUUGCAUGGAAGAGAGCUCCGCGGAGAACGCAUCAUAGUCGAGCACGCCCGUCUACCACCAGGAUCGAGGGGUGGAAGCCGCCGUUCCGGUGGUGGCCGUGACCGGUAUGGUCCGCCGACGCGUACUGAAUACAGGGUUGUGGUCGAAAACUUGUCGUCUCGCGUCAUUACCGAACGUUCGUUGGUUUCGGUUGGCGUAGGACGCGUAGGAGGGCCGGUAUCGUUAUCGUGGUCGCUUGAGGUCGUUUUGGGUGCGCACCGUUCAACGGUCGUUCGGCCCGAGCUGUGGUCGGUAACGUGGUUCGAGGUUGUGGCCAGUCCCAAACGCGAGGACCUCAAAGAUCUUAUGAGAAAGGCUGGCGAUGUUACGUAUGCUGAUGCCCAUAAGUCAGCCCGAAACGACGGUAUUGUGGAGUUCUCACAGUACGCUGACAUGAAGGAGGCAAUUGAGAAAUUCGAUGGAUACGAAUUGUAUGGUAGGAAACUACGCGUCUACGAAGACCGCCCGAACCGUCGCUCGCGUUCCAGGUCUAGGAACAGGUCACGUUCGGGCAGUCGUACCCGCAAGUAUUCGAAUCGCUCAAGGAGCCGAGAAUCGCCUCGGCUGGAUCGCACGCGCUCACCACGUCGCCGACGUGAGCGUACAGGAUCCAGUGAAGGAAAUAGAUCUCCGUCACAUGGGCGAAGAGAUUCCCACAAAAGAUCUCGGGAACUGUCAGGUGAUGCCCGGUCUAGAAGUGUGUCCCACCAUUCCGGAUCGCGUCACUCUCGUGAACGUUCGAUUUCACAUCGUUCAGAGAAGCACUCACUGGGUCAUGAGUCGAGGUCUCCCAGUCGCAACGGAAGAGAUAUGAGUGCCAAGAACGGGUCAGAGCGGCGGUCGCGAUCUCGGUCGGCUUCCUUAUCUCGUUCUAGGAGUCGGUCGCGGUCCCCAGCUUCCAGGUCUCCUGAGCGGUCACGUUCUGCUUCGCGCUCUCGUUCCCGUUCCGGCUCGCGUCGCAGUCGAUCGGGCUCUGAGCGCCCACAUUCCGAUGAGGAAAUGGAUAACAGCCGUCAAAGCGAUGGUGAAGAGCAUGGCUCUGGUAAUUGA